CCCGGCCGCAGCCGGCCUCGAGGGGCGUGGCAGGGGCGUGACCAGGCGGAGCCGCCUGGAGCCGGCUAAAAGGCUGGAGCGCGGCCGGACUUCUUCAGAACAUCUCGGUUCGCUGUCAUGUCCUUCACGCAGUGCAGCGCGCAGGGUGCCGGGUUCAGGGAGCCUGCCACCUCCUUACCGCCUCCUGAGGACGCUGAUUCCCGACCGCCCCGAAGUAAGCGGCCCCGUCUAACGGAGCCCGGCAGUGCCUCUGAGGUGGAGUGGAGGCUGCCUCUGGUGCCUCGCUUGUCUGAGGUGGAAAAAGCCUGGCAGUUGUUGUCGCCCAGACCCUUCCCGACCCUUCUUCUUUCAGCGAAUGUGAUUUUUGGUAACUCCACAGACUCGCGUGUGGAGAAAUCAGUCGGUGGGGAGCAGAUAUGUAGUCCGAGAUGCCCAAAUGGCAAAUUUGAGGCGAAUAGUUGUUUGCAGUCUCUCCCCUCACGAAGUUUUGAUUCUGGUUUGAGGGCUUCUGGAAAGUCUUGUGAAACAGGACUGAAUGACAAAGAGGUUUUCGGUGUGCACCGCAGUGACAGAGCUGGAGCAGAGGUCCGUCCGCUUCUGCCCAACCCCUCUGCAGACGAUAUACAUGGAGUUAAAAGAAAUGCGGCUGGAAAACAAUAUUCAGUGCAAGGGAGGGACGGUAUUCAGGAAGACGAUAGUUAUGUGAAACAGACAGAAAACCUAUUUGGGGAUGUUACCUUUUACAAGGAAAUUAAGUGCAGAUGGAAAGCUGACGGUGUUACGCCAUCUCAUAAAAAGGAAAAUAACAUUUCAGCAUCGGCACUAAAUAUAUCAAAAUCUCAAAACCAGCCCAGCAUGGAAAUUGCCAAAGCCAGCUAUUUUAGAGAUAGAGGCACAAUAAGUAUCCCUGAGUUUCCAACUGAUUUAAAUAGCAAAAUGUCCUCUGUCUAUUUAAAGGGAACAGCAAAGAAAAAGAAUGACAAAAACGAGGCAUAUGUUAGGGAUUUCACAAACGUUUACUGGUCCCAAAAUAGACCUGAUGUUAAGAAGCAAAAGUUACAGGAUGAUAAAAACAUUGUGGAUGCCGAUGCAGAAAAUAUUUUUUCUGCAUGCUAUGAAAGUAACCACCAGUCACUCAGCAACCAAAAUAUUUGUGUGAGAAAAAAAGACUUGAUCGGUUUAAACUACUAUAACCACAGUAGUAUCAAAUCUGAUGUAACAGACUCUGAAAAGAAUUUCACUAUAAUACUGGGGAAUGCAAAUUUGGAAGAAGCAGAAACAUGCCUGGACAUUCAUAAGUUUACCAGAUUAGAAAAGUCUCAAAGCCAGGGCUCUAAUAUUAGUCACAUCUCAGAAAAAAUAGGGGCAGUUUGUUGGAUUUGGGGUAAUUACAAGACUCAAAGUGAAAAUGUUAAAAGAACUGGAGAACAAUUGAAUUUUCUACAAUUAGUAGAAAUAGAUCUUUUAAGCAAAGGAGAUUAUCACUAUACAAAAGCCCUGAAUACAUGUGAAGAACAAUCAAAGCCUCUCAUGAUAGGAACACUUGGUAGCCAAAAAGCUUUAAUAAGUUUUUUUCAGUUAAAUGGUAAAGGAGAAAGCAACAAUAUGCUACAAUUAAGAUAUUCUGCUACACAAAAAGGCUCUCAUUUAAGCAAAGUUUUUGAAAAUUCCAUUAUGGAAAUUUUGAAUUUUCAUGAAAAUAUCUCAGGAAAUAAAAAAAAUGAUAAUGUUUUAAACUGGCAUGAAAUUUUCAAGGAUAAGAAGCGAGUUGAUCUUCAAAAUCUAAUAACUAAGAAUAUGAAUGUCAAUAGAAAAAAUGAUAUGUUAAGUGUAUGUUUACAAACCAGUAUUUCAGGACCUCUAAAUAGCAUAUUGAAAACCAACAUAGCUUCUUUGCUGAAUAACUUUAACUGUUUCAUUAGAAUUGAAAAUGAUCCUAAAUUACAAGAGAGAUGCAUUGUCAAAUGGAUAAUGUAUUUGCAUUAUUCAAAAAAUAGUAUAGUGGAAAAUCAUACUGUGUAUCUAGCAAGGACUUUAACUUUUUCAAGACUAUUAGAAGGUAACAUGAAACCUAUGUUAAGAAAAAGAAAGUUAUUUAAAACUGAACAAGUUUUUGAAGAGUCUAAGAAAAAACCUUCCUUCACUAUGACGACUAAAAAUAAACAUUUUCCAAUUUUUGAAACAUAUGAAAAAAAUCCUCUUUUAAUGGAUUUUGAUGACAUGGAUGAAAUUUCUUUGACAAAAGACAUUUACAAGAAUAAGAGCUGUCCUGAACAAUUCAUGACUGAGGAAAAUUGGACUCACUGUAUACCUAAUGCUGUUAAAACACAUGUUAAAUCUGGUUCUCAAUUUAUACAGAACCAUAGAUAUAUUAAUGAAAAAUUGUAUGAAGUAAAUAUGUAUAACCAGGAUUUAAAUACUGAAAGGAAAAAGGAGCAUAAUAAGAUCAGCAUUAGUUUUAAGUGCAUAUUUGAAGAUUUCUUCAAUAUUAGGCCCCGGGCCAUACCAACAAACCACGACAUAAACCAUAGUGAACAAACCAAUCUUGGGACUGUAAUGCAGGUUCUAAAUUUUGGGAGCUUGCUAAGUGAAAUCAACGGGAAAAAACAAGACUCAAUUUUGAAAGAGGAAGUAAAAGUCACAGCACAAAGUUUAACAAACAGUUGCCAAAUUAACAAAGACAUUAAGAUAGAAAAGGAAGAGAAGAAUAAUUUUUGUUUAAUGGAUGGCAUGUUUUCUAUGCAACCAGUUUCACUAAUGAGUAAAAAAGUAAAUGCGGAAGAAACCAAAUAUAUUAAUCAAAAUAAUGUAGCUGACAGAAAUGAAUAUGAGCAUGUUUUGCAAGAAAGUGAGUUAGCUAAUUCAGAGUAUUUUCAUCCAAAGAAUGACUCUACAGAAUGUGUUAAUCAUCAAUUUGAAACUGAUUUGAGUCUAGGGAACAAUGAAUGUUUUCAGGAUUUAACUGCCAAGUGUUUAUCAACAGAAGCUCAGACAAUAGUGAGCAAUUUUGAGAUGAAGAGUAAAUUCGAUUUAGUACUUGAAGAACUUCAUAUGUUUCAUGAAAUCAGUAAGGAAAACAAAAUUGUAAGCACUGCGGAAACAAACAAUGGGCAAGAAUAUUACCUUAGAGAAAAUAAUGAUAUUGAGGAGGUAAAAACGGAGAUGAAAGAAGAUUUGAAAAUGGUUACAGUCAACGAAAUAUGUGUAUCUUCUUUGCUCCGUGAUACUAUAACAUGUCCUAAUAUGCAUAAGAGACACCAAAGUUUAUUUAAAUGGAAAGCAGUAUCCAAUAAUGGGAAACAGGAAGUUCCAAAUGAAUAUUGCUGUUCAAGAGCAGCAGAGGAAGAAUUACUUUAUUCCACUUCUAAGGAAGACUGUGAAAAUCCUCCAUCUAAAAGGCCUGCUUUUUUCUCUGAUGAACUUAGGGAGGAAAAAAUGACUUACUUACUGAAGGGAGGUAGUAAUUUUUCACAUGGAAUUUCAAGAGUACUACCUCUUAAGACAUGCAGUCGACCAAUCAGAAUUGGUUUGUCAAGAAAAGCUAAGCUUAAACAACUUCAUCCCUAUCUGAAUAAAUGUUAUGAGAACUUAAAAGAAGACAUUGGACUUUAACAUUUCAAAACAUUUCACAGCAUUUAUAAGUGUUUUGUUUCCUACUUUGGUUAAAUGCUUUCUCUUAGUUUGGGAGUUUGGGGCUUUCUUUAUUAUGAAGUAUGGAGAAGGUUUUGUGUAUGUG